AUGUCGACUCCAAACCCGCGUGGCCGUCGGUCACUGCGCAACCCGGGCGCUGGGACGAGCACCCCGUCCGGAGAUACCACGUCGACAGGGCUCCAACGCCUUCCAAGUCAUACGCGGUACCCGCUGACCCCGAGCCGCCUCGUCACGGCAGCCACUCCGUCUGCGCAGCGGUCAGGCUCUCGGUACACACCUCGAGCUAGGGGUGCAGGAGCACCGUCGACGCCAUAUGGAAUACGCGCCCGGCAGCAGCGCGCAGCGAAUACCCCUGGGCGGGAUCGUCGACGCAGCGGGCGGAUGCAGCGAGAGACCACAUUUGAUAUCCUCAAGAACCUGGGCAAAGCACUUGCCCCUACAUCACAGCCGAUUCGCUCGUCGCCGCAGGAACCACCCAAACCCGUUGAACAACCGAGAGACGAAAUCGAGGAGCUCGACAAUGAGCCCGAAAUUGAACGACCCCGAUUGUCUCUGCCGAUAAAGGAAGUCGAAGAAGAGGACGAAGAGGAAGAUGCAAGCCCGGAAAUGCGUCCGCCACGGAUGUCUUUGGCCUUGGACGAUGAUGAUAUCACGUAUCAGUCGGUCGAGUACCCCCGCCGAGACAUGAGUGUCCGAGACCGAGAACGGCUAUCGAUGAUUAGCCGCGCGAAUGCCCGGAUCAGUGAAGACUUUGGAGAGACGCGAUUAGAAAGCGACUUUGAUGCCGGAGACGAAACCGGCAUUGCGGGCGAUGAGGACGACGCGCCAGAGGAUACAAUGAUAAGCGGAGGAGACUUUGAUCGAGGGGGAGAGACCGAAGAUCUGGGCCGGUUCCACUUUGAUUUUGACUUCCCAUCUCCCAAUGCAGCAGCAGAGGAAGAUCCAAUUGACGAGCCCGUGAAUGACAUGGAUGGAUUCGAACUUUCCGCCCCAGAUGUUCAGCCAGUCGCGAGAUCUGUCUCGUCGGACGACGACGCUGGUGGGUUUGGGUUCGGUUUGGACUUCCCGCUGGCAGCUUCUCCGAGUGCAAGCCCAGGCAUUGUUGGAGGUGGGUUGCGCGAUGAGGAGCUUCCCACGCGGGGAAAGCAGAAAAAGCUGUCACGACAUGGGAUCCCCGUUCCGAAUCUCCCUGCAGGCGUUGUUCGGAAACUGGCCACUCGCUUUUCGCGCACGCGAGCCGGAUCCAAGGCGAAAAUUAACAAAGCUGCGCUGGCUGCGAUCGAGCAGGCCUCCUCAUGGUACUUUGAGCAAGUGAGCCAGGACUUGUCCGCGUAUUCCAAGCAUGCCGGCCGCAAGACCAUUGACGAGAGCGAUGUCACAACGUUGUUGAGAAGGCAACGUCAUAUCAACAAUUCAACGACAGUCUUCUCCCUUGCUCAAAAACACCUGCCCAAGGAGCUUCAACAGGACAUGCGACUGGCCAUGCCCCCAUGA